UUUGCUUAGCACGACAGGCUGGUCGAGGGCAGAUCUGUGUUGGUGUACACAGGAGCUGCCGAAGCACCUGUCAGCUGGAGCAGCUGCCGGUGACUUUUUCCCCAAGAGCGAUUGUCUUCCUGGGUCAACAGCUUAUCCAUCAACACCAGUGCUCUAGAUUACACAGCGGGAGAGCAAAUAAAGGAAGCGCUCGAGCUCGUUGAGUGUCUCCUUGCGCAUUCGCCGUCAAGCUGUGCAGGAACACGACCGACAAAAGAAAAAAAAGCAACACUUCUCGCGGCCUUCGAAUAGUCAUUUUUCACUCUUUUUACGGCCUGCCUUCAGGCGAAGACUAUGGGAAGCAAGAACCGUCAGCCAUUGUACCAAGAUGUAAAUGGCAUCCGUCUUCCACACGGCUUCGACCCAGCCAAGCUGCUCUCCUGCUUGGAAUACAAGGCUUCCGCUGGCGACAUAUUCAUCGACACCUUCCCGAAAUGUGGCACGAACUGGACAAAGCGUAUCGUUCAACUUCUCGUUGGUGAGAACUCCAGUCAAGAGAGCGACUAUGGCCUGUCCACCUCCUUCUUCGAGAUGGUUGGCAGGGAGACCAUAGCAGCUUUACCAGAGCCCAGGAUAAUCACUUCUCACCUUGCUUACGAGCUGCUCCCGAAGCACGCACAGGCGAAGUACAUAUAUGUUGUGAGGAACCCCAAAGACUGUUGCGUUUCCUACUUCCACCACACGAAGAAGACAAAGGUUUAUAACUUUGAGGAUGGCACUUUUGACGAGUACUUGCAGCUCUUCAUAAAUGGAGCUACAAGUUUCGGGGACUACUUUGCUCACCUUGUCUCUUGGUACCCACGUGUUAAUGAGCCAAAUGUUCUUUUCUUAACCUAUGAGAACAUGAAGAAGGACCCCGCAGCUGCUGUACUCAAGAUUGCCCAGUUUAUUGAUGUUAAAGAUCCUGAGCUACUCUCUGUUGACUCCAAGAAAUUGCAGGAAGUAGUCAAAAACAGCAGUGUUGAUUGCAUGAAGGAGUACUUAAACACGAACUACAAGAAGGCCCUAGGGGACCAGGAUCCAGAAAAUUGGACAGCUAAAAAGGACUACCCUUUGAGCAGGCCACCACCGCCUCCGGAAGUUAUGGUACGUAAGGGCAUCAUUGGUGACUGGAAAAAUUACUUUAAUAAGGAGCAGUCGCAAGCCAUUCAAAAUGCUUUUGUACAGAAAUGUGGUCAUGUUGUGGAUCAUGCAAAACUCUGGGAUCCAAAAGAUUGGAUGGAAGGAGCUUGACACUCCUGCAAAAAAAUAAAAAACAAGUUAAGGUAUUAUGGGGGCCUUCUGGGUAAUGGGAAAGUAAUGGGACCAAUGUAUGUUAUGUACUAUGGCAUUUCUGUAUAGGUGUGCUCUUCUCGUUGACAGGGACGUGAAGCUCGUAAGGAUGCAGAAUGGCCAACUGGGCUAGAUGGCUGGCUUGAUGUGCUAAAAUAGCUUUGUUGAAGGUGCCAGGUUAUAGAAGUGCUAUAGUGGUAGUCGUUAGCAUCCCACGUGCGCAUUACACUCUGAGAAUAUGCAUGGGCAUUUUCACAUAGCAAUAUUAUGCAUGAGUAUUACCUCAGGGGCAGUUGAUGGGCUUUGAGAAACAUGAUCUUUAUUUAUGUUUAUGCAAUAUAGUGCCAAGCAUAAGCGUGUGUAAGGUUCCCCUUUAGAGGCAGUGAAGGUUCAUCGCAGCGCACCCCUUCUAUUAUGCCAAUGUAAAAGGCAAACUUUGCCACCCCCCCCCCCCCUAGAGGACUUAGGUGUGCACGCCUAUGGUGCCAAGUGCUUUGAUACUCACCACUGGCUGGGGCCUUUUGUUCCUACUUUACACAAAACUUUAAGAGGUCUGCCCAUUAGUUAGGACAUGAUAAACAAGGUCUGAUAUGAUAAACAAGGUAAAAAUGCAAGCUCUGUAUGUUUCUGAGCUUAGAAGAGCAUAUGUACUUAGGGCCAACACUAGUGGUGCAUUUUUGAACAAACUGUUAUCAAAUACUCAGAUGAUCAAGACUGACAUUUCAAGUUUCGUGCAUUCAUUGCAUUUCACUGCCGCUUCUGAUUGCGCAGACGCUCUUUUACAUAGCUACUGCUGUGGUAGCCAUAUUACUAUGGGAGCAAAGUCAGAGAAGUGCCAUGUAGUUAGAUUUAAGUGCAUGUUAAGGUCAAGGCGAAUGUAAUGACUUGACACUGAAGCAUCCUGUAUUAAAGUGGUACAUAAAACCUCAGCCUAAAAUUUUUUAUGGCUACAGCUAUGUUUGUGUACAUGCUGGAUAUGUCAAUUGCGUAUUGUUUGAAAAUGUGGCCUUUUCCACAGAUGCACCAAUUUGUGCCCUUGCUACCACAAAGCUUCAUAUUUUGCCGUCACUGGGAAAGACAUUUUAUUGUGAGAAAGCAGGAUAUGUGGAGAACAGUACUUUUUAUUAUGGCUAAUUGUGCAGUUCUCAAAUUUUCAUGUGCAAGAAAAAAAUUAACAUAAUGUUUUAUAAUUGCCUGUGUUGUUACAACGCUUUGAAAUGCAGAAUUUAUUGCAUAUCACUUAAACAAUUUUUGUUCUUUAUAUCUUACUGUGAGGCAUUUGUUAUAUGUGGUGAAUGCGUGUACUAAUGUGAUGGAAGUUUCAGGAAGUUACAUGUGAAAGUGAUGUUCCUAAACACUUUAUACACUACAUCUUUAUGUCACAUUUUAUCUACAUUUUUAUGUGAAAGAGAAUAAAGGUGCAUUUCUUACUUAGUG